AUACAUGAUGUGGUGUUUACUUUCUUGCUUCGUUAAGAAAAUUAGUUUUAUAUUAAUGUUUAAAUUUCUAGAAAUCCACGUUUCUGGUAUUCCUCCUGGACUAAGUUACCUCCAGUUUAUUUCCUUCCUUUGUACAAUAAUGUUCCCUGCUACUGUCAGGGAAUAGGGUGCUGUAGUAGGUAAUUGGACUUGUAUAAUAAUGUACUUAUACUACUGUGCUAUUUAGACAGAGUAAGGCAGUGCCUGCAGAGGAUCUGUAAGGAGCAUAUGCGUGAUGUGUACACAGUGGAUGACAUAUGCUUCUGGAAUUCAGUCUACAAAUGAGGAAGUGUGUGACCCUUGCUCCCUGAGGCAUGAAUGAUUUAUCUAUGUUAAUUUCCAAAAGAAUCACAAGAGCAGUUGUCUAUUUAUUUACUUUAAUUUUUCCAUUUGCAUUAUGCUCUGUCUAAUCAUUAGUCCUUUAGUCUAAUCACUCACAGAAAGAAUAAGGAUGUCCUGGAUAACACAGACUAGACACUUUCUGCCUGUGGUAUUCCUGCCUGCACCUUAAUGCUGUUUUCCCUCACUCUUCUCCCUUGCUGUGUAGAAUUGCACAUCCUUCCCUCUUCUCCAUGGGAUACCUGUGAAAAAUUAAAUAUUGGGAAAGCUCAAUAGAGGUCCUUUCUGCAAGUUGCCCAGGGAUAGGGCUUUUGAUCCCCUGGUUCUGCCUGGUUAGUGUUUGACUCCUGUUGUUCCAUGUUAAUCAAACCGUUCCUUUACUUUCGAGAAUGAGAAUGCUAUUGUCUGUUCAUCUAAAAUGUAGUUGCUGUUUUCACUUAGAGGUGUUUGCACCAACUUCAGGUUCUAGUUGGAUCUCCUUCUCCCAUCUCCCCCCUUUCAUGUUCUUCAGACAACUUAGGAUCCCUCUGAGAGUUUGAAAGGGAGGUGUGAGAGGAUAUGGAAGGAAUGUGGCCAUUUCCUGAGCUAUGGUGCAGACUGCAGAUGAACAGCUAUAUAUUCAGCAUUAUAGCUAUCAUCGUAGGAGUGGUAAUUAUGUAUGCAUUUCUUUAAAAUAUUUCUUCUUGCUGUCCUUCUGGAGGUUGGUUCCAAAGUUCUUAGGAUUUAGUUGUUUUCCAUUUAGCAGGAAUAGUAUUUUUGGAAGGAAGACUGCUUAGUGAAGAAACUGCCUAAAGACCCUCUUGAUCAGGUUCAGUGUAAACAGUACUGUACAGGGAGAGAACCAGAACUUUGAUUCAUAGAAUCAUUUAGGCUGGUAAAGACUUCUGAGAUCAUUGAGUCCAAGUGCUAACCUGUCACUUUCAAGUAUACCACUAAACCAUGUCCUAAAGGGCCACAUCUAUGCAUCUUUUAAAUGCCACUUUCCUCCAACACACUCCCCAUUCAAAUACACUCAUGUCUAUGAUACAUCUGUGUCUAUUUCUAAGUCAGUCUGGGAUAAUCUUCUCUAGGUUUCUGGGUGCAAUUUUCAGAAGGAGCCCCUCGACUUUAUUACCUAGCCUCUUGUGUUGAUGUGAGCAUCUGGCAGACCCACCAGUCGUCUUUGCUACUGUUACAUUUUGACUGAUUGUUGUUUGAUACUUACCUGUGGGAUGGGAGCAGACAGAAGUUACACAGUGAAGAGAUGAUUCCAAGUAAUUUCAAUUUAAUAAGAACUCAUUUGUAUUUUAACUUACAGCAUGGACUUCAUAAAGCAUAGUUUUGGAAAAGCAAGAACUAAAAGUAGUCUCUUUCCUUGCCAGCACUUCAGGUACUUGAAAUGUAUCCCUAGUACUCUGAAACUCUUAUUAAUAUGAAGAAAAAUAAGCUAGCUGUUUCAGAGCCAAAUCCUGGUGCUGCUCUGCUGCUUCUGAUAAAUUCUCCCUUGGUGUUGCAAGUUGGCAUUGCAAGGGAGGGGAGGAAGAAGAAAAGCUUAUAGUUAAGAAAUAGUUUCUUUGUUAAUAAGAAAAUCUUCCCUUUUAACAGUUUCUUCUCACAAAUUGACAGCUCUUUGUCCAGACUAUAGGUUCCUUUCAGACUGGAUCUUACCAGUUAAGGGAAAGUUACAUGUAAGCGAAAUGAGUGGCAAAAAGGAAAGAGAGAGUUGAAGAAAGGGAAGCUCCUGGCUCUUUUUCUGCGUGGCUAAUAACUCUGAAGUGGUUAAAAAUCAUGUAAACAGAAGUAAUUCCAGCAGUGCUUUGAAGAACUCCUCUUUCAGUUGUGACAAAGUAUCACGAAGCGCAGACUUUGAUCACAUUAUGGAGGAAGGCUAUGAACUUGACCUCACUUACAUCACAGAGCGGAUUAUUGCUGUAUCCUUCACUGCUGGUUGUUCUGAGGAAAUUUACCUCCACAAUCUACAAGAAGUAACACGAAUGCUCAAAUCCAAACAUGGUGAUAAUUACUUGGUGUUAAACCUCUCUGAAAAGAGAUAUGACCUUGCCAAUCUUAACCCAAAGAUUAUGGAUGUAGGGUGGCCUGAUCUCCAUGCUCCACUUCUUGAUAAGGUUUGCACCAUCUGCAAGGCUAUGGAGUCCUGGCUGGACAAUGAUCCUCAACACGUGGUGGUGAUCCAUUGCAGAGGAGGAAAAGGAAGGAUAGGUGUAGUCAUAUCAUCAUAUAUGUACUUCACCAAUGUUUCUGCAAGUGCUGAUCAGGCUCUAGACAGAUUUGCUAUGAAGAAAUUCUUUGAUGAUAAAGUUUCAGCUUUAAUGCAGCCGUCCCAAAGAAGAUAUGUGCAGUUCUUAAGUGGCCUUCUAUCUGGAUCAGUGAAAAUGAAUGCAACCCCUCUUUUCCUGCACUAUGUUAUCCUUCAUGGCAUCCCAAACUUAGAUGCCGGGGGAGCUUGUCGGCCUUUUCUGAAGUUAUACCAGGCUAUGCAACCAGUUUAUACAUCUGGAAUAUAUAGCAUAGGGUCAGAAAAUCAAAGUCGAAUCUGCAUUGCUAUAGACCCUGCCCAGCUUUUGAAGGGAGAUAUUAUGAUGAAGUGUUAUCACAAAAAAUACAGGUCGGCUACUCGUGAUGUGAUUUUUCGCCUUCAGUUUCACACUGGAGCUAUUCAAGGACAUGGAUUGGUGUUUGGCAAAGAAGAUUUGGAUAAUGCCAACAAAGAUGACCGUUUCCCUGAUUACAGCAAGGUGGAAUUAGUGUUUUCAGGAACUCCAGAGAAAAUUCAAGGAUGUGAACACCUUCAAAAUGAUCAUGGAGUAAUAGUUGAUUACAAUACAUCAGACCCACUAAUACGCUGGGAUUCCUAUGAAAAUAUGAGCCCUGAUGGGGAAGUGCUGCAUACCCAAGGUCCCAUUGAUGGCAGUCUGUAUGCAAAAGUGAGAAAGAAGAGCUCUUCAGACAGCAACAUCCCUGGUGUUUCUCAGGGUGUUCAUGUUACAGGCAGUCCUGAUCACAGUGAUCACACCCUGUCUGUCAGUAGUGAUUCAGGACACUCCACAGUUUCCAUCAGGACAGACAAGACUGAGGAACGCCUUGUCCCAGGAGUCAAACGGGGUCUGAGCCCACAAGAGAAGGCAGAACUGGACCGACUACUUAGUGGCUUUGGUCUGGAGGAUUCUGUCAGCACCACCAAGGAUAUGACUGAUGCUCAAAGCAACUACAGUGCCACUCACCACAUAGUGCCAGCUCAAGUUCACAUGAAUGAAAUCACCAAAAUGAAGGACAGGGAGACUGAUAUUCUGGAUGACGAAAUGCCUAAUCAUGACCUUCACAGUGUGGACAGCAUUGGGACUUUGUCUUCCUCAGAAGGGCAGCACUCCACCCACCUAGGGAACUUUAGUUGCCACAAGAGCAGUCAGAACUCACUUCUUUCAGAUGGCUUUGGAAGUAAUGUUGGGGAAGAGCAUCAUAAUGCUUUUUCUGCAGACCUGGGAAUUGGUGUGGAUUCCCUCUAUGAGAGAUCAUUUGGAAGCACUGAGCCAAAGUCAACUGAGCAAUUGCAACAGAAUCCUUCUGUCUUACCCCAUCCACAAGCCUAUGGACGAAGUAACUACUCUACUCAGACCUGGGUAUGCCAGCAGCAGAUGGUCACUGCUCACCAGUAUGGUUUUGCCCCAGAGAAUGAAAUUAGGGUUGGCAUUCAUAACACUGUGGAGAAUUUGGGCAGUGUCCAGAGCCAGUCCCACGUCCCAGGCACCCCAACACGUGGCUUUAGCAGCAGAGACGCUGUGCAGAGAGGGCUAGGAAGCAUGCUGGGUGCUGCAGAACCUGAAGAACGUGCAAGUGCUGACAUUUUUAAGUCAAGGCCAAUGCCUCAGAGGAACAUAAAUGGCCUGGAUCUAGGCCAAAAUUCUGGGGACUUGCCAGCUUCUCCAACUUUGGAUAUUGAUCAGUCCAUUGAAAAAUUGAAUAGGCUGAUCUUGGAGUUAGACUCUGCAUUUGAACCUAUCCCAACCCGCAUUAACACUCUCACCAGUGACAGAAAUCGAGUGAAUGGCUUUACCAGCCUUGAUGCACACAUGGAAGAGCUUAACCGUAGUUCUGGCUUCCAUGACAAAUUAGAGGUCACAAACAGGAAUCCCUCCUGGCAUGCAACAGGUAUGCAAGAUGAUGAUGCAACAGGGAAAAGGCUCAGAAAGUUAAGUGUUGGGCAGUAUGACAAUGAUGUUCCUGGGGAGCCAUCAUAUAACAGGUGUGGAUGGAUGAAGUCUCCUGCUACUCACCAGGCUGUAAUUCCAGGAUCACCAGUUGCUGUAGGGAAAACGAAGGAGAUGGUUGUCGUACAUUACCAAGAUGAAAUGGAUGGGGGAAUCUUCUCCGCAAUAAAAAAUGGAAAUGAAGCUGUCACAUUCACAUCAGCUUUUUCCCUGUCACCAGAGAUGACAUAUGUUACAGCACCUCCACUAUGUCAUCAGCAGAUUCCCUCCAGCCAAAAGAUCAGCAGCCCAUCUGAGCUGUACAGAACCAUUCCUGAAUCUCAAAGUUACAUGGAAGCCAUUAACCUCUCUAUGGUGAUGUCUGACAGCACUGUGGGCACUAACUCUUCUUUGCUGAGGGCCAACAUGCAGUCUGAUCCCUCCUUUCAGCACUGUUUUGCAUCUUCAUGUACUGUUUCAAGUAGCAGUCCUAUCGCAGGGGCAGAAAGCUCUUCUGCAGCAGAAUGUCCUUGGCUUGAAAGCAGCUCUAAAGCUUCCCUGUCAACCCAAUUUUCAUUGGGAAAUACCAGGCAGCUGGGCGGUUACCUUGUGCCCUCUGAAUUUUCAAGUGCUGUGCAGGAUGUCUCUCUCCUGUCUCAUUUCCAAACUCCAGGACUUCAAGUUGUCACCCUGAGCAACCUGGAGAGUUCACCAUCAGAGCCACACCAAGAACCUGCUAUCAGCAGCAGUGCCCGUGCCUACCUAAGCUACAGUGCGGGUACCAGGGACAGUAGCUCCCCCCGAGAGGCGACACAAGCUACUUGCAUAGCCAAUACUAACACAUCUAAAACCCUGAGCUCAUCAGUGGCAAGUGCUGAUGGCAAUGACUUUUUGACACAAAACUUUCUUCCAGUGGCCUGUGGACACAACAGCCAGAACAGUGCAGUUCAGCAUCACCAUGGAGGGAACCAACAUGCUCAACCACCUCUUCCAGAGAAGAAGAGGUCCUCUGAAGGAGAACGUUCCUUUGCCUCUGUGUCACCUUCUUCAAGUGGCUUCUCUAGCCCGCACAGUGGAAGCACAAUCAGCAUUCCCUUCCCAAAUGUCCUCCCAGAUUUCUCAAAAAUGUUAAGCCCUUCCCCAGUGCCAGAAAACACAGCUGAUAUACAUGUGACCGUAAAAUUUGUUCAGGACACGUCCAAGUUCUGGUAUAAGCCAGAUAUCUCAAGAGAACAAGCCAUUGCUGUUCUCAAGGAAAAGGAACCUGGGUCUUUCAUUGUUCGAGACAGUCAUUCUUUCCGAGGAGCCUAUGGGCUAGCUAUGAAAGUUGCCAUACCACCUCCUUCUGUGCUGCAGUUAAAGAAAGUUGGAGAUUUGUCAAAUGAACUUGUAAGGCAUUUUCUGAUUGAAUGUACUCAGAAGGGGGUACGCUUGAAAGGAUGCUCGAAUGAACCAUAUUUUGGGAGUUUAACAGCUCUGGUGUACCAGCAUUCCAUCACUCCACUGGCGUUGCCCUGCAAGCUCCUCAUCCCAGACAGAGAUCCCUUGGAGGAGAUAGCAGAAACUUCUCCACAAACUGCUGCAAACUCAGCUGCGGAGCUUCUCAAGCAGGGUGCAGCUUGUAACGUUUGGUACCUGAAUUCAGUGGAGAUGGAGUCCCUCACAGGCUACCAGGCAGUACAGAAAGCCUUGAGCAUGACCCUGAUGCAAGAUCCUUCUCCUGUCUCAACCGUUGUCCAUUUCAAGGUGUCUGCUCAGGGAAUCACACUGACGGAUAAUCAAAGAAAACUCUUUUUCCGGAGACAUUAUUCAGUCAAUACUGUUAUUUUCUGUGCUUUGGAUCCACAGGACAGAAAAUGGAUGAAAGAUGGCCUUUCUGCAAAAGUGUUUGGGUUCAUUGCCAGGAAGCAAGGCAGUGCCACAGACAACGUAUGCCACCUCUUUGCAGAACAUGAUCCAGAACAACCUGCCAGUGCCAUUGUGAACUUUGUAUCAAAGGUCAUGAUUGGAUCCCAGAAGAAGAUCUGAUGCCUUUCCAUCCUUGAUUCAGAGCUCAUCGCUGACUUCACCAAAGGAAAUCACUGUGAAAGGGAGAAAGGCUAUUCAGUAACAAUUAUCUGAAUAUUGUCAUUCCCAAUAAGGAAAGCAGAGGAUGAUCUGUGUAUUGUGCUUGUGAGAGCUCAGGCUUUUAUUUCAGGAUGCUUCACAAAUGUUUUUAUAUCAGAGGACAAAACAAAAGAAGCUGGGUGCCACCCAAACCCACGUAGCCGUUACCUGAAUGAAGCAUAAAUGAAGAACGUUUCUCCUGAUGGGUUUCUAAUAUAUCUUCACAUGCUGUUUCUCAUAAUUUAUUGGAGCAGAAAUACUUAAUAGAUUGCGCUACUUUUUUGUUCAGAAAAUGUUUUGUAAAAUCUCCACAAAGGCACUUGCCAUGGUUGCAGCAAUUGUAGUUGUAGGCCUUGCAAACAUGUUUUUAGGAGAAUGAUCAUCUGAGGAAGACUACUUGCUCUUCCUUAUGUCUUUGUGAUCAGUGAUGAGAACUGAAUGGAGAAAGGGGAAGAUGUAUGUGAAAAGAAGGUUUGUGCAAGUUGAUUUCUGGUAAGAAAGGAGUGGCAGUGUGGAAUAUUCAGGAAGAUUGCUCUGUAUUUAGUGUUAAGAAGGCUGAGCUGUUUUAGUUUGAAAGUUUUUCAGUAGAGCAGAAGUGGCAGAACAAAAGUGUGAAAAUCUGUUCUGUAGCUAGGGGUUUUUUGUAUUUUUUUUUAAUACAGAGAAGUAAGCAGGGAAGAUUAAGCAUUUUAGUAAUUACAGGAUGAAAAUGAGGGAAAAGCAAAGAUGAAAAUUGUAUAUUUAUGCAUUUUUACCUGUGAGAGAUUGUGUAGUGGAUCCCAGCUCUUGGUGUGCCAUAGAGAUAAUUCUUAAACUAGACCAUUGUUGAGCUUUGCCUCCUUAGCACUAUUUUGUGUAAGUGAAUGUGUGUGUAGCCUGUGCCUUGCUGGAGACAAUAGUCUGGUAUUUUGUCUUUUGUCUUACAGUGACAAGGCACUUCCCAUUUUCUGCCUCUGCAAUACUGUUUUAUUCCCCUACAUAAUAGGUAAUUAUAUUUAUGGAUUCUUUUACCCCAUUGUUUUGCUGGAGUUUUGAGGAUUUUUUAACUUUUUUUUUUUAACCUGUAGGAACUAUAUUUGAUUUGUUAUUCCUCGAGUUAGGGAAUUUGAAAGUGAAUGUAAUUUAUCUUGUUACUCUGUCCCAUUUCUUGAGAGCAUUUAUGUCAUGAUUUCUACAUCCGUCACACUUGUACAUAUCUCUUUACCUUUCUUAACACAUUGAUAUUUGAAAUGCAUAAGGAAAUGCUGCUUAGCUUUACAGAAAAUUGAUGCAGUAGGUUACAGUGGAAGCCUGCACAAGGAGAGUAAGCCACUGAGAUCUACUGUGUAGCUCCCAUUCACUCAAAAAGAGCAGUACUAGACCCCCUGUAUGAGAACUGAUGGUUAUAAUACAACUUUAGUGUGGCAAGUGCUGAAAAAUUUCAUUGCUUCUAUUUCUUUCAUGUGUGGCUGUCAACAUUAUAUUAACAACCUGAGGAAUAAAAUAGCAUGCUGUAUUUUGCAUGUUGAUACAUGAGCCACUUUACCCACUUGUAGAUUUUAAUCCUUUUAUCCACCAAUUUGAACUACAUUUGUCCUGUAUAAAAUAGGGAGGAUUUUUAACAGCUCUCUUUGUAUUUCCUGAAGUAUUAGGACCAUGUUAAAACCUUAUUCAGUGACCAUAGCUGAAGUGUUACCAAAUUAUUUGUGUAACUAUCAAUUUUGUGUAAAUAACUUUAUGCUUUUUAAAAGGAAGGUGAUGAGGAAGAGAGAGAGGAAAUUACUGAAUUUUAAUGUAUUUGGAUGAGAAAGUGGUUUAUUAGUAGGAGUGGGUGUUGGGUAUCUGUAGAAGGGUGGAGCAAUCCAAAGUGCGGUAGCUACCAUUGAAGCAACAAAGGCAAGUACUUCUGAUUUGUGAUAUAUAAUUCUGUUCUUUUGGCACAGAGGUAUAUUACUUACUAUUGUUUAUGUACCAUCCAAAAAAAGAUUGCAGUUCUUACUUCUCAGAGCUUUACUCCUUUUAUAAAAUAUGAGAACAAGUUUUCUUUUAAGAUUCUUUUGGUGUACAAAGAUUCCAGUUGCCUAAUCUCAUCACCCAGUGGAAGCCCAGAGAAUUUCUUCAGCUGACAUCUCAAGUAGACUUGAGUCUCAAUUAGAUGUUAAUCUGGUGUGUUGUGAGCAUUGAAAUGCGGAGGAAUUUUUUACUAUAUUUUUCCACUUCUGUAGAUAAUAAAUUUUAGUGUGUUUUCCUAGACAACUGUGUUGGCCUUUGGGCUGAAAAUAAAAUGUCUUUUUUUUCCUGUGUAUUGUCAUUUCCAUUUAGGACCUUAUUUUUUAUUCCUUGUGCUUUCUCAAGGUCUGCUGAAAUCAAAAGCAUGAGGGAUUGCAUGCUGACACUCCUGGUGAUAUUUUCUGGGAGUUUAGCUCUACUUGCUAAGUGGGAAAAAAGAAGUUACCCUGUUUCUAAGGGAGAUUUUCUAUUUUGCAUUCCUUUGGAUGGUAUAUUGCCACGGGCAUUUGCUUUUUAAUGAAUUAAAAAUGCACAAAGCAAGAUAGUUCAGUAUGUACCAUUAUGUAGUCUGUGUAGAAAAAUAUUAAUGAAACUUAUAUGUUCAUGGCAAAUACAAGACUAAUCUUUAUAUAGCACUUUCUUUCAAGAUUUCUGGUAGAUGUGUAUAUGCAGUUUCAUAACUAAUGGCAGCAAAUUGACACAUAUAUUUAGCCAGACUCCUAUUAAUGUGGUUAGUAAAUAUACUGUUAUAAUCAUACAGUGUUAAACUACAGAAAUGAUAAAAGCCAUGUUUUUAAUUAAAUGGUUUCACUGUAUCCAAUA